CUUGUGUUUUGAUUUUGAAAAUCGGAUAGAAGCGUUCUAUUACUUUGUGCAGAUCUGGUGAAAUAUUAACUAUUAUAUUUAUCAUACUAUUGGCAAAAAUAUAUCGUGAAAACGUACUAAUGACUGACACUAGUAUUUGCUUUGGAAUCAAGUAAUGAUACUUUUUUCUCAAGAGAUAUGACCUAAACAUUUUGGCGCAUUUACGCCGCAAAUGUCAACAAAAUAUAAAGGAGGCUUUCGUGCUAAUAAAGAGUACUAAAUAAUAAAGAAAUGGUGUCGACAAGAAGCAUUCGAUAUAAAUUUAGUGAAGGUGAAAGAGUUCUGUGCUAUGAACCAGAUCCUACAAAAGCAAAAGUAUUAUAUGACUCAAAGGUAUUAGAAGUGAUUGAGAAUAAAGAUAAACGUGGACGUAGAACAAUAGAAUACUUAAUCCAUUUUCAAGGCUGGAAUUCAUCAUGGGACCGUUGUGUUGGUGAAGACUUUGUGUUAAAAGAUACAGAAGAAAACAGACAGCUCCAGAGGGAUCUGGCAGAAAAGUCACAGCUGCAAUUAGGUGCAUAUUUAUAUCGACGGGAAAGAAAGAAAGGAGGCAGUUCUACAACAGGAUCUGCAGCUAAAAGGUCUCGUCAUGGAUUUAGUGAUGAUGGCUCUUCCAGCAGCACCCAACCUGAUGAGGGUGAAACAGCAAUAGAUACCGACACUUCUACUGGUUCAACAUCAAGUGCGAAUCCAAAAAGUCAAUCUUCAACACAUUCCCGUGGUGCGCAAAUUACUGUACCAUCUUCACUGAGAGCUGUGCUGACGUUCGACUACCACCUGGUGGUGAAGAGGGGCCGCAUGGCUAGGCUACCCGCGUCUCCGAGCGCCGCCGAGAUCCUGGAGUCUGUGGUCAAGUGGUUCGGGAGAGCUGGCGCCUGGGACCCUCCUCGAUCUAAACACGAGCCACCCCACAAGCCAGAUGUCAACGAGGUCUCCGCCAGAUUGAACCUAGUGCGCGAGGUAGCAGAUGGUCUGCGUGUGUACUUCGACUUCAUACUGAAGGGGCACCUGCUUUACAAGCAGGAGAUGGGGCAGUACCACGAGUUGUGUGGACAGUUUCUGGACUUUCCAGCAGAAAUAAACUCGGAAGGUGAGGACCAAGAGAACCAGUCACCGCACGGCGAUGUGACUGCUGAUUGUCCCAGGAUAGCGGAGUUCUCGCACCUCCCUCCCGACCCGGCGGCAUAUGAGCCUGACGAUGAACCGUUAGUUAAUCAUGUGGAUCGGAAACGUUCAUCAAUAUCGGAGAUCAAUGACCAAAAAGACCCACCCACGGCGGACACAGCCCCCCCGGGAGAUAUAGACCCCCCGGGAGAUAUAGCCCCCCCGGGAGAUACAGCACCCCCGGGUGAUACAGCCCCCCCGGGAGAUACAGCCCCUCCGGGAGAUACUGCCCCUCCGGGAGAUACUGCCCCUCCGGGGGACAGUACUGACACCGCCGCAGAUAUCAAGCCCGCCAUACUACCCAUAGUAGAGAAUAAGGAGCACGCGAACGGACUUCUCAAGAAGAAUAGACCGGUCACUGUGGCGAGGAGAUACAACGGUAGGCUACGGUCCCACAAGUCAACGGUGUCCCGUUCUACGAGCGAAGAACCUGUGCCCGGUGCCUCCACCUCUGCAGCGGAACCUAGGCUCUGCGAGACCCACUCCUCAAGCGUUGGCAGUAGUGGUUCGUCGACGUGCGAUUACCGAGGCGGUGAGGGGGAGGGGAGGGACGAGAGGACAGGCACUCGGGCCAACUCGCACGUGCCAAGCGGCACUUACACGAGGACCCCUCUCUCAUUACUAAUGGAGAAGGUUGCAAAAUUUGAACUAAUACCUCGAGACCAGAGCACGGAACAUCUUCCAUGUCGGAUAUACGGCGCGGUCCACUUGGCGCGACUAUUUGUUGUUUUGCCUAAGUUCUUAAACGCAACACAGAUGAAUGACAUUAAGCUGAAUGUAGUGCUCAAAUACAUCGACAUAUUUGUCCAAUAUCUCGACGAACAUACGGAGUGGUUCGGAGAGGGAUUCUAUGUGGAUAACAUCUUCGGGCGGCCGCGUACAUAGCUGUCUGUCUGUAAUUAUGUCACUGACCUGCUUAAGUACCACUGGACAGGCUGUUCCAUAUGCUUGACAGCAUUCUUUUGUGCCUAUAUGCAGCGCCACUAGCGAGCGUCCAGAGAACUAAUUUUGACGUAUAAUAUAAAUGGCUGCGAAGGAACGUACAUUACUCUGAAGUAUUUUUGCUUUUUGAAUUCAUUUCGUUCGUUUUCCGUGUUAUUUAUACUUCAAGAAUCAACGUAAUAAAGUACACAAUGUUUUUUGUAAAUAGUUUUCCACCAUCUAUCGAUGUUUGCUGAGGUUGUCAUCACUUCUUUUAGUUUUAGUUUAGUUUAUCACCCUCGCUACAUGGCCAACAGUGCCAAAAUGGCGAAUAUCAAACAGGCACAAAAGCACUUUGACAGCCGCCAAUCCAAUGGUAUAUACUAGAGGUCAGUGAAUUAUGUACAUAUAGAGACACCUGUUGUUGACACUUCACGUGGCCCGGAUUCUGUUAUCUCUAAUAAAUGACUUGAAGACGAGUCGUUUGAAGUUUCCUGAUUACUGUGUAAUCUAUGUUUUCUUAGAUAUAAUGUGAUAGCGUAAUUUUUUACAAAUUAAUAAAUGUAAAAUUGUAUA